GGUGACCCCCGGACCCCGCCGGGCGACCCCCCAGCCCCCCGAGGAUGAGGACGCUGGUCCGGCUUUUCCUAACACUGGUGUGCAUGGCGGCGGUUGCUGUGCUGUACAUCCUGCUGUGCUCCCACGCCUGCCUGCGGCCCUGCUGCUGGGCCCCGGGGGAGCAGGGCAGCCCCAUGGCACCCACCAUCCUCAGCUUCCAGGGGUACAGCCGCGUUCCAGACGGGAAGCCGCUGGAGCGAGCACUGUGCCGCCGCUGUGCCGUCGUCUCCAGCUCGGGGCAGAUGCUGGGCUCGCGCCUGGGAGAGGCCAUCGACAGGCAGGAGUGUGUCCUGCGCAUGAACCAUGCCCCCACCGCCGGCUAUGAGGAGGACGUGGGGGCACGGAGCACCAUCCGGGUGGUGUCACACACCAGCGUCCCGCUGCUGCUGAGGAAUCAGCCCUACUUCUUCCAGCAGUCCCAGGAGACCCUCUACAUCAUCUGGGGGCCAGCGAAGAAGAUGAACCGGGAGAAGGUGGGUUUGACCUACCGAGCGCUGCUGAAGGUGAUGGAGACAUACCCCCACCUGCAGAUCUACACCCUGACCGAGGAGAAGAUGAUGUAUUGCGACGACGUCUUCCAGAACGAGACGGGGAAGAACAGGAUGAAGUCCGGCUCCUUCCUGAGCACGGGCUGGUUCACCAUGAUCCUGGCCAUGGAGCUGUGCGAGCAGAUCUGCGUCUUCGGCAUGGUCAGCGACAGCUACUGCAGGGAGAAGAACCACUCGAGUGUGCCCUACCACUACUUCGAGAAGGGCCAGCUGGAUGAGUGCAGGAUGUACCUGGUGCACGAGCGAGCCCACCGUGCCGGGCACCGCUUCAUCACUGAGAAAGCCAUCUUCUCCCGCUGGGCCAAGAGGAGGAACAUCAUCUUCAACCACCCGUCCUGGGCAGGCGGGUAAGGAUGCCAGCUGUGGGGUGAGGCGGUGGGGACCCUGGCAGUGGGGCGGCUCUGAUCCUGCAAUGAUGUGUCUCGGCUCUCCUGGUGCCAUAGUUGAAAGCCUUUUGCCAAGGCCCGGAGCGGGGAGUCUCCGCAGUGACAGUGACAGUUCCCCCAGCUGGUGGGUGUGCUGGGCCCCCCCCCUCCCAAGUCGGUGCACAGGGGGCAUGAGCUGGACCCACGGAGCCCCAUCGGCUACGAACAUCUGCCUGGAUGGACCCACGGUGCACAGGGGGCAUGAGCUGGACCCAUGGAGCCAUAUCGGCUACGAACAUCUGCCUGGACGGACUCAGGGCAACCACGAAUGUUUUCCGCCUGCUCUACCAGGAUGAAUAUUUAAUGCCGGAUUAAACAUUCAUACCACUGGGCUCCAGCACGACAUGGGGCAGGAGAGCUUGGCUCUUCCAGGGCCACGAGCUGAUGCCUCUCCCAGGGAUGAAGCUCCACCGUGGUCCUUGCCCCACUUGCUCCCCGAGACCCAGCACUGGGUGUGGGGUGCAGGGAGCCGGGUCUGGGCUCCCCUAUCCUGCUGCCUUCUGCUGCUCCACGCCUGGGCAGGUCCCUGCAGUCCCCUGUAUCCCCCCAGCUGGGAAGCCCAGGGGCCACGUGUGCCCCAGGGGCUCCGAGUUGCCUUGUCAAAAGUGCCCUUGGAUUCAGACCAAAGCAAACGUGGCCAUUAAAAGCGUUUUUAACUCGG